AUGUUUAAACCUUGCAGCCUCGAGAAGAAUGCAGGGUUACUGACAAAUAGUGAGGUCAUAGAGGUGCUGCGCUACCUGCAGGCCCACUCUGCGGGGGAGCUCACACGGCAGCAGCUAGAUGCUUUCAAGGAAGCGCUGCAGCCGUUUGGUCUGUCGCGCACCGAGCUGCUGCAGGUCCUCAACCUGGCCCCCACCAGCGAGGUGGAGCUGCACCUCGUCGUGGAGAAUGCAGAGGGACGCCUGGGAGAGGAGCGGGUGGCGGCGCUGCUGGACGUCGUCGCGGCGCACUCGCCCCUGGCCGCACAAAAACGGCAGGGCGCAGCGGCUGAGGGUGCCGGCUAG